AUGUCCUACAUCGAAUACGAGCCAUCGUUCCCUCGCAGCCAGUGGCCCCAAGCCUCCUACUUUGCUCCCGGAAUGCGUGAUGCCAACUGGUACACAACCAUCCGCUUCGUCGCCCAGCGAGCCAGUCGCGCCGUCGCCAAAGCGCUCCGCGAAGGCCAUGUAGCUUCCAUUGACGAGGCGGAUUUUUCGGCAGCUGUCCUUGACAUUGUUCUUGAGCUAGCUGACAUACUACGAAACAACGCCGAAGAGGACGAUCGCUCCGUUGCACGCAGUGUUGACAAGUGGCACAAGUGGAUUCGGAAAGUGGCCAGAGAGGUUGUCAAGGAUGCUCGCGCGCUGUUUGCGGCGAACUCGAUCGAAGCCCUCCGCCGCCUGGACACAUGGGAUGCGGAGCGCCGCGAGCAGAUGAUCCUUGGCUGCAUGGAUCGGCUUUGGAUCAAGCUAGACACUGAUGAGUGGUUCAAAACAGGCGACCGGUGUGCGUAUCCGGUCGACGAGGUUCACAUGCUUGUCGAGCGCUAUGGACCGGGCGAAGAGGACAAGAAGCGGUACUGGCCGGGGUUCGUCGUAGACCCCAACGAUCUCUCCACGCGCACCGUGCUUGUCGACUUCAAAGGACAGCUGCACGACCCUGGUACUAUCCUACCCCGCGAAUCCGCUCUCACAUCGUCGGCGCAAGCGCCGAGCUUGUGCGCCGCGCCGAGCUUGUGCGCCUCGACCGGGGGGUCCGAGUCACCAUCUUCCUGCUCGCCCCGCAGCGCAAAGAGUGCGAAAGGGCGCAGCUACUCUGACUCGAGUGUAGCUGUCGUCACAGACCCGGAUGCCCGCCAUGCGGACCACAAGGACCAUUUGUCGGUUGAGCCAGCCGAGGCUGAUUCCUCGCGCGUCGCUGCAGCGCCCGACGUAUGUCAGCAAUAA